CACUGUCGUUAACAAACAAAAAAAGAAGUUGAUCUCAGAACGUCUCUCGAUUGCUUCAAGGACUGAGUCAGUGAAUCUCCGAUCGAGUCAGAGAUGGGAGGCAACGGCGAAUUGAAGUACGAGAUCUCACAGAACGCGUACAUCAAGCUAGUUCUCCACACUCUGCGUCACAAAACGGCGGCGGUCAACGGAGUCCUCGUCGGUCGAAUCAGCUCUAAGGACGAAGGAGUCGUGGAGAUCUCCGAUUCCGUGCCCCUCUUCCACUCCAACCUAGCUCUCCUUCCUCCUCUGGAGAUCUCGCUCAUCAUGAUAGAGGAGCAUUACGUGGCUCAGGGUUUGAGUGUCGUUGGCUACUUUCAUGCCAACGAGAGGUUUGAAGAUGUGGAGCUCUCUGGUGUGGCUAAGAAUAUUGGUGAUCACAUCUCUCGCUACUUCCCUCAGGCGCCUAUUCUCUUGUUGAACAACAAAAAGCUCGAAGCCUUAUCUAAGGGUAAAGAUCGAAGCCCUGUGAUGCAGCUUUGUGUGAAAGAUGCUUCCAAGAACUGGAGAGUGGUUGGAACAGACGGAGGAAGCAAGCUACUCUUGAAAGAGCCUUCGGCCAAUGUAGUUUUGUCAGAUUACAUUUCAUCUGAGAAAUGGAAGGACGUCACAGAUUUUGAUGAUCAUCUUGAUGAUGUCACCAAGGACUGGCUAAACCCUGGACUUUUCAACUGAAGACGGGUAUGUGAGAUAUAGCUAAUUAGAGUUUUGCUUUCUUCAUCUUCAGUCAAAAACAAAACAUUUCGCAGAGACCCUUGUUUACAAUUUCCCUCGAAUCUUUUUGUUCAAGUAUCAUUAAGCUUACGCUACAGAGUUCAAUUUACUAUAAAUGGUCAUAUCUCAAACCCUAGUUUUAUCAUUUGAAUGAUAUCUUUUGGGGCUUGUUCUUGUGAUUCA